AGGAGGAGGAGGUGCUGACCUCCUACUGAGCAGCAGGAUCAGAGUUUUACAGUCCAGACUGAAGACCAGGACGCAGACUGAUCCUGGAUCAGAGGAGAGGAGUUAAAGCAGAGAGGAAGAGCACUGAAACCUGACCUCCUCCUCUUCUCCUCCUCUUCUUCUCCUCCUCCUCCUGCUGCUGCUGCAGACUGAGAGUUAACUCAAACCAGAUGGUCUCUGUUUUUAACUUCUCUGUGACGACACAAACUUCUCUCCGCGCGGAGCCGUGACCGCAGCUCAGUCUAACGGAGUGUGUGUCCUGAUCAGCUGACAGGACGGAGGACAGAGACAGUAGACACUGGGACACAGCAGGAGGACACUCCGAGGAGUCUUCUGUCCAUCUCUAGAGCACAUGAUGUCCAUGAGGAGGAGGCAACAUGCAGCUCGGCUACUCUGAUACCAGCUCCUCUGCUCCUGGGAUCAGCCCGCUGCGCACCCAGACUCCGCCUGGACUAUCACUGAUUUAAGACCGGACUCGGUUUUUACCGGACCCCCUUUGGGUUCACAUGAGAGUGGACUCUGUUUCAGACUCUGAAGGAUCCUCCUGUAAAUUCGGCUCCGGUCUGAUCCAUCAGAAACCUUCUUAUCUUACUAACUCAACAGCCCCGUUACUUUGAUGUGCGGAGGGAACUUUAGCGAGGAGCCUUCAGAGAGGAGAUGAAGGAGAUGAAGGUGAUGAAGAGGAGGGAGGUGAAGUGAUGCGGUGCCUCCUGGCUUCAGCUGGGAUGCUGCUCCGCCGCCGCUCCUGCUCCUGCUCCUGCUCCGGGCCGCUGCUGCUCCUGCUCGGGGUGACGGUGUGUCUCUUCUACCAGACCCUGAUGGUGGCCCGGAACCGGCUCCGCUCCGGACACCAGCAGCCCGCAGCCGCCCCCGACACCCGGGUCCUGAUGGAGGAGGAGACCAGGAGGGUCAUCGCUGCUCUGGAGACUCUGCAGGUCCAAGUCUGGUCCCAGCAGCCCCCCCGGUGGCGGCGGGCCGUGGUUCUGACGGGUCGUCACCAGCUCUCUGACCCUGAGGUCCAGCUGUACCAGCAGGUCCUGAAGAACCUGGACUACCAGGUCCAACUGUCCAGAUAUGCUGAGACCAGCAGCGUCCUCACAACCAAUCAUGGUGUGAGUGGGUGGAGCCUGCUGCUGUGUCUCAGUAGUUCGGAGAGAAGCUGUCUGAGGAGGAUCUCCUUCUCUCACCUGCAGCACCAUCAGACGGUGAACCUGUUGCCAGGGGUGAUGGAGGCGUUCUCUGAUGCAGGUGGAGGUCUCUGUCACUUCUACACUCGCUCACACCUGACAGGGUCUGAAUUACCCAUGAGGCCACAUGCCUGUGGAUCGACCAGUCGGAAGCUUCAGGUUCCUGAGGACUCAGUGGGAGGCGACAGUCACUCACCUGUUGGAGCUCCGCCUCCUGCUCUGGUUGCCAUGGUGAAUGUUUACGUCCUGGUGACCUCCAUGAAGCCACUUACUUCCUUCCUGCAUGACAUCAGUGUGGUAACAACCAAUCAGGAGCAGCAGGGACAACCCACAAAGCUCAGGAACUUCCUGCUGCAGCAGGUGGGCCCGACCACCUCCCAUGAGGCUUUGGGGCAGGUGAAGAAGGUGAUAGGUGAGGUGCUGCAGGCCGCCAUGUCGACCAAUGAGAAACAACAAAUGAACAGGUGUGUGUUGUGUUACCAGCUGUUGACCUUCACUCUGCUGUUCAGCGGCUCCGUCACACCUGUCGUCGUCCAGGUGGAGACUGACCUGACGUUUUCUUCUCUGAGCGACGAUACGUUUGACGGACAGAUCACCAAAGACCUGAUCCUGGAGGACACGCUGCACUUCCUGCUGCCCACGCACGCCCACCUGUCCUCAGAGACUCACCUGUCCUCAGAGACUCACCUGUCCUCAGAGACACACACUCAGACGGAGGGGAGACAGGUGAGGUACGGUGGCUGCAGAGGGACACACGGGGUCUGUCUGUCAGAGAACGAGUUUCUUCUUCUGCUCCAGUUUCAGAGACAGAUGAAGACGCCUUCAGGUUUCCAGCUGUUGUAUCCCAGCACCUUGUUCUCCUCUUCCUCCUCCUCCUCCUCCUCCUCCUCUGGUCCCCUCAGUGUCUCAGAUCUUCAGAUCAGGAUCAGUCGUCACUACGAGCUUCAGAGGAACCAGAGUCACAGAACCGAUGAGACAGACGAACGGACCAAUCAGGAGUCAGCUCUGUCCUCCUCACAGGACGGGUCUGAAGGUUCCUGUGUGGACCCCCACCUCAGACAGAUCUACACCGACCCCCCCCUCACUCUGACUCCGCCCUUCAGCCCCUGGGUGAAGGAGUAUCGUGCUGAGGUCACCUUCGACACCGUGACGGUUCGGAUCCGACCGCAGCCCGUCAGCUCGGCCUGCAGGGUUCACCUGGACGAGCACCGAGGGCCCAGGAUGGCGAACUACCCGGUUGGCCUUGGCGACAGCAGGAUCAGCAUCCUGGUGACAGACACUGCCGAGCCGGAGCCCGUCGUCAUGACGAUCUACACCGUGCACGUGUACCGUGAAAGCCGCCCCAGUCUGCCCAUGUUCGGGGAUCAUGUGAUGUGCUGCUUCCUGCAGGACUGUGGACUGCUGGUCCAGCCCGGUCUGUCCUGUGGUCUCCAGCCUCUCGUGGACACUCAGAGUUCACUUCACGCCUGCAGCUCAGGACACGCCCCAGGGCGGUGGGUGGUCCCGUGUCUCAGCUGCUCUGACAACAGGACGUGUGAUUGGAGGGAGGUUGCCUGGCGACCGGACAGCUGUUACCAUCCGUUAGUGGACCGCCUCCUGCUGCAGGACUGUCUGACGGACAGGAAGGUGCUGUUCAUCGGUGACUCCACCAACCGUGGGAUGAUGUACCUCCUGAUGGAGCGCGUCAACUCCAGUCUGGAGGACUGGGGGAAGGCUCACGACACGCUGGUGUACAGGAACCUGAACGGGGGGCGGAGUCAGGUCAGCUACUCGUACUAUCCUCAGUUCUGGUUGGAGAAGACGCAGAGACCCACCUUCAGACAGGCGCUGCUGCAGCUGAUCGACAGGUCACGACCUCUGGUCAACUCCAACCGGACAGUGCUGGUGGUGGGAGGAGUCCAGUGGCUCAACACCAACCACCUGAGGACGGUCAGAGAGGUGCUGGAUAGAGAGUCUCUCAGUGACAUCCUGGUGGUGGUGAAAUCUUUGGGGAUGGGUUUCCAUCUUCCUGUGGACGGGAUCCGGUCUCUGAGUCUGACAGAGAUCCAGGAUCUGUACAGAGAGAACCAGAACAUCAUCAGCACAGCAAAGCAUCAUGGGUACGAGGUCAUCGACACCUUCAGCAUCACCAUGGGUCGAUACAAAGAGUUCCUGCAGGGAAGAUGUGCCUGCCACUUUCAUGAGAUCAGCCGGCGUGGGAACGUUUAAUGACCAAUUAGGCUUUUACUGGUUCAUAAAAACCAAACUGGGAGCAGCUGCUCUGUCCGAGGGGAGAAAAUACAUCUGAUGUCUGCAGAAAUGUUCACGUUGUUUUAAAGUUGUUUGUGUUUUGUAGUGACUGGAUUUUAUUAUAAUUUAACUGAUUUAUGUUUAAAAUAAAUGUUAAAAGCUUAGUUGGAUCCAUAAUAUAGUUUUUCUUUGUUCAUUCUAUCUUUCUCUAAACACAAGGUAAAUAUUAAUAUACUCAUGCACUUAUCAAAACUGAAAACGGGGGAGCAUUGUGUGUGAAGGACCUACAGGUGAGCUCCAGGUGAUCAGGUGUCUGGACAAGGGAGCAGUUUUUGACCAUGUUAUGUGAGCGUGUUGUGAAAAGCAUCAAGUAUUCGGGUGGAAAACUGAAUUUGCUGAAUGACAUAAUGUUUUGAAUAUGGACAGUGCUGCUAUAUUAUGGUGCACAUGUGUAUAUUGUACUGAGAAUAAAUAUACCGCUAAAUCCAAAGAGACAAAGUGUACUGGACAUAAGUUGAUUUUCAGCCCCGAAAACAUGUCCGGAACAACUUUACCUGUUCGUCCCUCAGUGGCUCGUUUAGGCAUUUUAUUUUGUUAAAAAGUCACAACAACCUUUAAAGUUUUACGUUUUAGGAUGGAAAAAUGUUGUAACAAUGUUUUAAGAUUGUUUUAAACACUGUUGAAUGAACAGAACCUUCAGAACUAAUCCGGCUGAACUCAGGAGAAUCUAUCUAUCUAUCUGUAAAAUUAAAC